UUCAAAAUAUUCGAUCCAAACACCGGACGACUCUGCUACGAACGAGCUGUUGGAGGUUUCAUUAUUGUUGAAAUGCUGUAUAGUUCUAGUCUUCUCGCCAUUGUUGGGGCCGGUGAACAGCCAUCUUUAUCUCCACGCCGUCUCUGUUUGUUCAAUACAAAAACCAAUGCUCCUCUCCGGGAAAUGACUUUCCUAACUUCAAUUCUUGCUGUUCGCUUAAAUAGGAAAAGACUUGUUGUGGUUUUGAAAGAAAAAACCUACAUAUAUGACUCAAACAGUCUUGCAAUAUUGGAUACUAUUGAUACUGUGCCAAAUUUAAAGGGACUUUGUGCAUUCUCCCCUAGUUUGGAUGGUUGCUUCUUGGCUCUUCCUGCCAGUACGACCAAAGAUCUGUAUUAG